CCCAAACACCACCACACCCCCCACCCCCUCUCUCGGAUCCUCCGCCUCCGGAUGAGUCGCCUCUCCACUCAAUGACCCUCUGCGCCAGAGCUUCAAAUGCUUUAGCCGCCACUGCCUCAGCCGUACUCCACCGUCCUCUCAAGGUACGCCGUUUCUCCCCCCUUUCUGGGUCUUUCCGCAACUACUCCUCCACUACUUCACUACCCACCGCAGCUUUCUCCGAGACUCAAUACCGGGACCUUAUUUUCGACACCAUUGACGAAAAGCCCUGGGCUUUUUGCAACUCCAAGUGGGUCUCCGAUCGUUUCCAAGCUGUUAUUGUCGACCCCGACUUGUUUGUUCGAGUCCUCGUCGAGAUUAGGAGCCGACCCAGAAUCGCUCUGAGGUUCUUCCGAUGGGUGGAGGGCCAACCGGGUUUUAAAAGAUCGGAGUUUGCCUUCUGUGUGAUUCUUGAGAUUCUGGCUCACAACAAUUUGAUGAGGCCGGCGUAUUGGGUUAUGGAGAGGGUGAUUAGUGUAAAUAUGCAUGGGAUUGUGGAUGUUUUGAUUAAUGAGUAUAUGUUUUCGAAAGUUUCGUUGAAGCUUCUCGAUCUCUUGUUCUGGGUUUAUACGAAAAAAUUGAUGCUUGAGCAAUGUCUGUCGAUUUUCGAUAAGAUGAUUCGAAACCGGUUGUUGCCGGACGUGAAGAACUGCAAUAGGGUUCUUAGGAUACUUAGAAAUAAACACCUUGUGACGAGAGCUAAAGAGGUUUACAGAAUGAUGGGUGAGGCUGGGAUUAAGCCGACGAUUGUUACCUAUAAUACCAUGUUGGAUUCCUUCUGCAAGGAAGGGGAAGUGCAACAAGCACUUGAACUUUUGUCAGAAAUGCAAAAAAGAGGAUGUUUUCCGAACGAUGUAACGUAUAAUGUGUUGAUCAAUGGGCUGUCAAAGAAAGGGGAGCUGGAGCAGGCCAAGGGACUGAUCAAGGAAAUGAUGAAAGCGGGAUUAAGGAUUACAGCAUUCACUUAUAACCCUUUGAUUUGCGGGUAUUGCAACAAUGGUCUUCUUGAAGAGGCAUUAUCUCUUGAGAAAGAGAUGGCAAUUAAAGGAGCAAAUCCCACCGUGGCUACUUAUAAUUCGUUAAUGUAUGGCCUCUGCAAGUGGGGAAGAAUGACUGAUGCCAGGGAUCAGUUUUCCAAUAUGUUAAAUAGAAAUGUAAUGCCGGAUAUAGUUUCAUACAACACUCUGAUACACGGGUAUUGUAGAUCAGGGAACUUGGGGGCUGCUUUCAUAUUGUUUGAUGAGUUGAGGCAUAGAACUUUCACUCCUACUGUCGUCACCUAUAACACACUUAUGGAUGGCCUUUGCAGAUCCGGAGACUUGGCUGUAGCUGGGCAGCUUAAAAAUGAAAUGACGAAUCAAGGAAUUUUCCCUGAUGUUUUUACAUAUACCAUCUUGGUAAAUGGGUCUUGCAAUGCGGGAAAUUUAUCGAUGGCUAAAGAGUUAUUUGAUGAGAUGUUGCAUAAAGGAGUGGAGCCAGAUCGAUUUGCCUACAAUACUCGAAUAGUGGGGGAAUUGAGGCUUGGUGACCCGUCCAAGGCAUUUAGCAUGCAAGAAGAAAUACAAGCAAGGGGUUUCCCUCCUGAUUUGUUCACAUACAAUAUUUUUGUGAAUGGGAUAUGUAAAUUGGGCAAUUUAGACGAAGCAUAUACAUUGUUGCAGAAAAUGGUACGUGACGGUAUUGUUCCAGAUCAUAUAACAUAUACUAGCAUGAUUCAUGCUCACCUGGAAAGUGGCCAGCUCAUGAAGGCAAGAGAGGUUUUCUAUGAGAUGCUAAACAAAGGUUUGUCUCCUUCGGUGAUAACUUACACGGUAUUGAUUCAUGCACACGCGGCUAAGGGGAGACUAGAACUGGCUUAUAUGUACUUCUCAGAGAUGCAAGAGAAGCGUAUUUGGCCAAAUGUGGUCACCUACAAUGCUCUGAUAAAUGGUCUCUGUAAAGUGAUGAGAAUGGAUCAGGCUUACGAGUAUUUUACUGAGAUGGAGGAGAAAGGAAUAGCUCCAAAUAAGUAUACAUACACUAUUUUAAUAAAUGAGAACUGCAACAUGGGCAAUUGGAAGGAGGCUUUGAGGUUGUAUAAACAGAUGCUUGACAGAGAGAUCAAGCCUGAUUCUUGUACACACAGUGCACUUUUUAAGCAUCUAGACAAAGACUUUCAACUGCAUGCAGUUCGAUACCUUGAGAGUUUAAUUUCAAGCUAGUGAAGGAACUGCUCGUUUUUAAGAAUUGACGAGGCUAUUGUUGGUGUUCAAGGGUUCUCAGCUGAUUAGUCGAAGAGUGGCAUGAGAUAUUAAGAGGGAUUUCUCAACUCUGAGAGAAAGCUAUUGUGUUAAACCACUUGGCAAAUUCCCUUGAGUUAUGGUGCAAGUGACUUGCUAAAUAGCGUUGCUGAUGGUGAUUGGUGAGUUUGGCAAACCUUUAACUUGAAAGGUUGAGUUGUGCCGUUUCUAACUUUAGAAGAAUAUACUCGAAAUCAGUUGUUGAAUUGGAUUAUUGAUUUUUUAACUAUCAGAAACCAUUUUUUCGGAAGAGUCAACAUCAGAGUGUACAGAUAAACUCUCAAGUGUAUCAUAUCGUUCCAAAUAAAAUAUCUGACAAGAUUAUUGGUUCA